AUGAGAGGUUUCUAUGAGGUGAUACGAUGGGGUUACAAAAACAAUAUUUAUGUUGCACUUUCUGCCCUUCCACACCUGGCUGAGAAAAUAAAACUGUUUUUUGCCUUGGGUCCUGCAUACACAUUGCAGCAAGCCAUAAGUCCCAUAUUUCAAAUAGGACGUUUUCCAGAAGUGUUAAUCAAGUUCAUAUUUGGGAAGAAAGAAGUUGGUCUGCUGAGUCCAUGCCAGAGGACAGGUCUGGCCCAACAAUGUAGACAGCAACUGGUUGAUGAACUCUGCAAACAAGGACUUUCUCUAAUUGGUGGAUUUAAUCUGAAGAAUUUAAAUAAGAGCCGUUCUGAUGUGUAUAUUUCACAUUUCCCAGAUUAUACUUCUGUGAAAAAUGUAGUCCACUUGAGCCAGUUAAUGAAAAGUGGACUUUUCAGAUAUUUUGACUAUGGUUCGAAGAAUAUAGACAUGUAUAACCAGACAAUUCCACCAUUCUACAAGAUAGAAGCCAUCACUGUGCCAGUUGCCAUGUGGAGUGGAGGACAAGAUUGGAUUUGCCAGCCGAUGGAAAUUGCACAAUUACGCUCUCAAACUACUAAUCUUGUUUAUAAUAAGGAGUUCCCUGAUUGGACUCACUGGGAUUUUAUUUGGGGCAUUGAUGCUCACCAACAUGCAUACAAGGAAAUCCUUGGCCUAAUGGAGAAAUAUCUAUGAAGCCACCUGGAAUUAAAAUUCCAUUGUCCUCAUUAUGCCUGUGGUAGUGCUAGACACUUAAGUGUUUUUUGUUUCCUGAGUUUAUGCUGACUGUCUUUAUUAUUCAAUUGAUUUAUGUUCAAAUUUGCUUAUCCUUCCAUUUUAUUUAUGAAUCAUUGUGUGUUUCUUUCCUACUGAAGAUUUAAGUUUAUAUCCUACUGAUUUAUAAACAAUGUAACAUCCUAGAUGGGUUAUAGGCAGGUCUGUAAGUUUUCUUAAAUAAAUCUGAUCUGAACACUGGCAUAAUGUUAGCAUCAUUUAUCUGCCUACUGGAUAGUAAGAUAAUAGAAAGAUUCUCAUAAUACAGUAUACAUGCUAGGUUCCCUCUCCCAAAUGAUGUAACAGCAUAUUCUAGAUCAUCUUAAAUAUUCUGCUUCAUGUGAAGUAUUCUUGUCUAAGCAUAAUCUCAUAGUCUCAGGAGGUAGCACUUACUUGAGUAUUUCCGGGUCUCGAAGUUUGGAGGGUAGACUCUUAAGGUUAUAUGCAGACUGAGAAGUCAAAAAUAUCUCAGAAGAAGACAGUGGCAGAUUUCUUCUCAAUUGCUGUCAGGACUGUAUAUAGGUCAUGAUCAAAUAGCCAAUCACAAAAGUGUAUCAAAGUCUGCCAUACAACAUUCAUUAAAAAAAAUCACAAUU